AUGCCACAACCAUCAACGAAAAUGCACCAAAACUGUGCUGACUUUCGUGUCUUGUCGUGGGAUAAAAGGAAAGAGGAAUGGAAUGGGCUGAAUCGGAUUAGUCCCGGCGAGUUUUAUAAUGAGGGUUUACAUCCUUUGUUGAGAACUGACUCUCAUGUCACAGUCAUAUUCGCGGACGCUGAUAAAGUGCGCGAGUGUCCAUAUUGUCGGAAAUGCUUCACCGACGAAUUCCUCAUGCCUGAGCUGUGGUGGUCAAGUUACAGCCGUAGAUCAAACGGCUAUUUUGGUAGCGAGACAUUUCGCAAUGACCAAGGAGACAUCUCAGCACUAAAUACAUGGUCUCGCUUCCUCGCCAAGCAAUUAAUAGACCCAGACGAACACGUCUGGCAUAAAUUCAACAUCUUCACCCACUGGAUCGCCUCAACACAACAAACAUACCUCAUCGUAUUCGAAGCUCCCAAGCAAACCCAUCUCAGAAACCUUUUCCCUAGCCCAAUAUUGACGAACUCUCACAAGGAUGCUCUUCACGAUCCUUUCUGGGUUUACCCUCGUCUUCUUGAACAAUUAGCCGGUCUACAGGAUAACAGCGUCUGGGCCGUCCGCGAUCGUGUGAGGAAUAUCGAAAAAGAAGAUUUGAGAAAGAAGCCGAAUCCAAGGUAUAGACAUAUGCAUGAUACUGCGCGACAUGCGAUUCAUGUUUCGGAGACGCUUGAAGUUGCGGAGAAGACUGUUGCUUCUAUUGUACAGCAACAUAAUGUCUUUAGGGAAGAUAUUGGAUGGGGAGAUAAAAUACGGAAUGCAGGGUAUCGACGUGUUGAUGAACGAUUGUUGUGGUAUGACCACAUCCUUCAAAGUCUUCGCUAUCGAGCAUCUGCAAACAAGGAGCGUCUUCUUAAUGAAGUCCAGCUAGCGUUCAAUUCCGUCGCGCAGUACGAUUCGAGAAUUGCGGUAAAGAUUGGUCGAGCAACGCAAUCUGACAGCGCAGCGAUGAAGACCAUCGCCUUUGUCACAUUGGCAUUUCUACCUGGGACGUUUAUUUCAGCGCUGUUCAGUAUGUCUUUCUUCAAUGUGGAUGAUGAUACGGGGGAGUGGACUGUCUCGCACAAGAUAUGGAUGUACUUUUCGAUUGCGAUACCAGUGACUUUGAUCACGAGUGGAUUGUGGUUAUUGUGGCAAAGGUGUUUUCCGCCUGCUUGGAUUGGUGAGGAGGAAGAGUCUGAAAAUGCGCUUAGGGACUGGCGUAGGAAGUUCAAACGAGGUGAUAGUGCAAGGGUUGAUAGUUAUGAGACGUCAUGGGCGUGA